AUGGCUGUUUCAGAUAUGCUCAAUCGCCGAGUGCGUGCUCGCCCUGACGAGGAGGAAGAUUAUUCAGAAGCCUCGGACUCCGACGACGAUGUUUCACAGCAAGGCAUUGGACCCGACUCGGACGACAUCCAGUCAGAGGGAUCAGACGAGUCCGAAGACGAAGGCAAGAACACCCCAGAUUCAGACUCCGAGUCCGACAAUGAAGAACCAGUUUCAGACGAAGCCUCCGACUCCGACAACGGCGAAGACUUCAAAUCCAGCCUAGCAAACAUAUCCUUCGGCGCAUUAGCCAAAGCUCAAGCCUCAAUGAGCAAAAAUAAGCGCAAAGACCGCCAAUCCUCGAACCAAGAACCCACCGAAAACGCAACAAACACUCUGGAUGACAUCCGCGCCAAACUCCGCGAAGCACGGGAACUGAAAGCGUCAGCCCAAACCAGAAAAGAAAAAGAGCGCGAAGCCAAAGAAAAGAAACGAGCCUCCAAACACGCACCAAUGGAACAAUCCUCCAAACGCGCCGUAACCCGACGCCUUACAGUCAUCGAACCAGGCAACGCCCCGAAAGCCCGCGAUCCCCGCUUCGACGCAGCAGUAAUGGGCCACAGCGGCGCAGGCAAGCAUCCAUCCGGAGGCAAAGCCUACGCAUUCCUAGAUGAGUACCGAGCGUCCGAAUUAAAAGAGUUGAAAACCCAACUUUCGAAAACAAAGAACGAAGAGCAGAAGGAGGCACUCAAGCGUCAGAUCCGGUCUGCGCAAGAUCGGAUGCGCGCUGCUGCGAAUAAGAAGCGCGAGACUGAUGUUCAGGCUGAGCAUAAAAAGCGUGAGAAGCAAAUGAUUCGGGAGGGGAAGAAGGCCACGCCUUAUUAUCUUAAGAAUUCUGAGCUUAAGAAGCAGGUUCUUGAGAAGAAGUUUGGGGAGAUGGGGAGUCGGGAGCGUGGCAAGGCGCUUGAGCGACGGAGGAGGAAGAUGGCUUCUAAGGAGAGAAAGGAGAUGCCUUGGGAGCGGCGAGGGUUUGGGGAAGAGGAUGGUAUGCCUAAUGGGGGGAAGAGGAGGAGGUUGGAAUAG